AUGUCUGUGAAUGACUUGAUCGGUCUUUCACUCGACGAAAUUAUUGCACGGGGUGGACCAAAGUUUCGCACAAACCGACGUCCGGGUAUUGUUAGGCGUGAAGGUGUACGUGGUUUUCGCGGUGGCGUACGUCGAAUUCCUGUAGUCACCAGUCGGCGUCCAAAAGGAAAUUUUCGCUUGAGUAACCUCAAACGUGAUGCAAAUAUGUGUAUUGUUAACAUUUCAAAUCUCGGACCAAUGGUUACCACAACCGACUUACAGGAAUUGUUUGCACAGCAUCCAUACGAAGAUGUCGCUGUGCAAUAUGAACCAGAUGGUAGCCCCUCUGGUACCGCUGUUGUGAUAUUCAAGAGAUUCGAAGAUGGUAUGAAAUUGAAGAGGCAGUUUACCGGAGUAAGAUUAGAUGGGAAAGUGAUGGAUUUGUUCGUAUUGACGAAGAAUGAUUUUAUGAGAGGUGUUUCGCAGGGUCGAGUAACAAAAAGAGGAGCUAGAGGCAGUAUUCGGUUUGGUAGUAACAAUUUAUCAAUGAAAAGAAGGACUGGUGGUUUCGGUCGACUGAAGAAAGCAUCUCGGAAACCACAAGUGACGAGUGAAGAACUGGAUCGAGAAUUAGAUGCUUACAUGCGCGGUUCCAAACAUCCGAAAGUUUCGGCUCCAUAA